UUUACUAAAAUGCAGCCCUGGUCAUACAAAGGCGAAAUAUAAAAACUCAAAUUUUCUACUUGCUCCAAGUGAAACGGACGUGCUUUUCCCACACGCGAACGAACGUCUCCGCUUAUUUGUUUGUGCUCCAGCCCCGCCGCCGCCGCCCGCCAGCGAUCGACCCCCCGCCCGUCCGCGUGCUUCGUCGCGAACAAAGAGUGGAAAAUUUCCGUGUCAGCUGAAAGCGAAAUCCCUUUGGCGUUUAUCGGGCCGGGAACACAGGGUUUCUAGCGGCCCACCUCCUCCCCCCAACCGGAUCGGCUUCGUCCCCCCACCUGGAUGGGUGUGAUUCGUCGUAGUAUGCAAGAGAACUGCGUCAACAAGGACUGUCUGGGUCUCCGCAAACGUGUCUGUGGUCUGCACCAAACCUGGAAGUGGCUGCACCAGACGCCCGCCCUGCACGAAUAUCUCAUCUCGAACAGCUCCGUGGCUGCAAACACAACGCGCAUCAGCGAGCCCGCAGUCUAAAG